GUGUGACAGCUAGGCCAAGACCUGUGUGUGUGGCUGACUUUGAGAGCCGGUGUCACUACUGACUGAUCUCCAGUGAACAGUGUCAGGCACUGCGAGAGUGCAGGGAUAGGCUCAACACGAAGCCAACUUGGACCGCUCGGAAACAGUGAACACAAGCAAGUGGCUGGCACUUCGCUACCAGUCUAGGAAACAUUUACCACUGACUUCACUCACUUUAGAAACAUGGCCAUUACCACUUUAUGUCAAGGGAUAUUUUCUUUAUUGUUGUUCGCAGGUUGUUGCUUUGCUGACCAUGACUGGAGUUACAAAGGAAAAUCAGGUCCCACUCACUGGCAUGAAAUGUUUCCAGAAGCCUGCUCUGGGAAGCUGCAAUCCCCAAUCAACAUUAUCCCAGAGGAAACCAUGUAUGAUCCAAAACUGAAGGAAUUUGCUAUCUGGUAUGACCCACCAAGACCAAAUUCCAAGAUGAACGUGAAAAAUAAUGGACACACAGUACAAAUCAACACUGUUGGAGAUUUCUACAUCACAAAUGGUGGAUUGGAACAUGUGUACAAGACAGCACAGUUCCACUUUCACUGGGGCCAAGCCAAUCAUCAAGGAUCUGAACACUACAUAGAGGGACAAGCAUAUCCACUGGAGAUGCAUGUUGUUAACUACAACCAUGACUUGUACAGUGACAUCACGGAAGCUGUGACUCGGCCCAUGGGGCUAGCUGUGUUAGGAGUCCUCUUUGAGAUCAGCGACAAAGAAAACAAAGCACUGAAACCAAUUCUGAAAGCCAUUAGAAAAGUAAAAGACCCAGAAAAGGAAGAUGCCCGUGAGAUAAAGCCCAUGUCUAUUAGAGACGUCCUGCCGGCAGACAUCAAUCGCUACUACCGCUACAACGGAUCUCUCACAACACCGGGCUGCUUUGAAAGUGUCAUCUGGACUGUAUUUGAACGAAAACAAACCAUUUCAUUGGACCAGAUGCUCGAGUUCCGACAGAUUCUGAAGCACAAAAGGACACCUAAGAAGAAGGGACAGCACAAGAAACACGGCCACAGAUCGAAGAGGUCAAAGUCAAAGAAAAUGAAGGCUGAAGAAGACGCUGAGAAGGUAAUUGAUGAACUUGGUAUCCGUGGCGACCCGGUCCAGGAGACAGAGCUGAAGGCACUGAUGGAGGAGCGGAAGCUGGACAAGGAGAUGGCUGCGGCCAUCACUGACUCUUACAGCACCAAACCCGUACUGGACGAACAGCUGGCCAAACAGGCCGAGGAAAACAUGAUGCAGCACAUCCUGGAGAAGGAGAAGGAGUCCAUGGAGCAUGCGACCAUCCAUCCGGAAAGAGAGCGAGGUCUCUACAAUGUGGACAGUGAGCCGGGCAUGGUGGACGUUCAGGAAAGACUGGUCAACAACUUCCGUCCACUCCAACCGAGGAAUGACCGCAACAUUUAUCGCAGCUUCAAACUGAGUGCAUCACCACCUGUUCAAUACACAAAUGCAGGAAUGACUGUUGGCUACACCAAAAGCUCUGCCAAGACGAUUUCAGUUUCGUUCGGCACUUUAACAGCCGUGCUGAUGUACACAUUAUAUACUCUCUGCUAAUACUGUCAAAUCAAAGAACAAUUUUUUUUUUUUUAAUAAAAUGCCAAGUAGGUUUUUCCCCAAACCUAGAUUUCUAAAAGAGUGUUGUGUUUUAAUAAUUCCUCAGAUUUUCUACUAGAUUAUAGGCUGACAAAACAUUUAACCUUUGUUUUUAUACAGUACUAAUGUAUAUGUUUGUAUACUACAAUCUACCUAAUCUCGAAAUCCUAUUUACAGUUAGCAGCUGCAUGCAUGUAAAACAUUUAUAUAACUGAGAACAUCUUAUGCAAUGCUGUGUUACAUACACGUAUAUUAUCUCGUAUCUACUAUUUGCUAAAAUGUUAUUGGAAAGAUGAAUAAAUAUGAAACAAAAUAUCUCA